AGAAGAUGAACCGGAAACACCGCUUUCAUUUCCUGCUUCCGUCAACACACGUGUGGAGCAGAAACGAAGAGAACCUUUAACAGCCCGUCCAGAACCGUCCAGAACCGGUCCACACUGACGGAGUCCACCAUGUUGGAGCAGCUGGGUCUGAUCGGGACGAUCCGGGACGAGGAGGAGAGUCCGGAGGAGCCCGACACCGAGUCCGAGGAGGAGGACAAGCCGAUCGUUCUGAACAGGAAGAAGAAGUUUGGGAGUCACGGGGCAAAAGACUUCAACACUGACUUUGAGUUUGGUGAGAGAGACGGACUGAACUGUGACGACGACUGGGUGAUGGCCGACAUCAUGAAACAGCUCAAGAACAAGAGAACUGCGACCACUCUGGACCAGAAAAUUGAGAAAAUCAGGAAGAAGAGGAAAGCUGAGGAGAAAUCAGCUGAGAGUGACGCUGCUGAAGGUUCUUCAGUGAAAAAAGAGGAGGAGGAGGAGGAUGAUGAUGAUGAUGAUGAUGAUGACGACGACGACGUGAAGCCUCCUGAUGGAGUUGAUGAUGAUGAUGAUGGUGAGGAGGAGGAUGAAGAUGAGUUUGAUUCGGGCGAUGAGGAGAUUCUGACUAAAUCUGACACUCUCAGAGAAAAAGAACGACGGGGGAGAAAGAGAAAGGUGGAGGAGGAGGCCCCAGAGUCGUUCUACGAGGACGCAUCUCAGUAUGACGAUCAGCUGACAUUUGACAACAUGAAUCUGUCCCGACCGAUCCUGAAGGCCAUCACAGCUCUGGGCUUCAAGCAGCCGACCCCCAUCCAAAAGGCCUGUGUUCCCGUGGGCCUGCUGGGCCGAGACCUGUGCGCCUGCGCUGCUACUGGGACAGGGAAGACUGCGGCCUUCAUGUUGCCGGUAUUGGAGCGUUUAGUGUAUAAGCCCAGGACUUCCCAGGUAACCAGGGUCUUAGUUCUGGUUCCUACCAGAGAGUUGGGGAUCCAGGUUCAUUCUGUGGCCCGUCAGCUGGCCCAGUUCACCUCAAUCACCACCUGCCUGGCUGUCGGUGGGUUGGACCUGAAGUCUCAGGAGGCUGCGUUGAGGGCAGGGCCAGACGUUCUAAUAGCUACACCUGGUCGUCUGAUUGAUCAUCUUCACAACACGCCGAGCUUUGAGUUGAGCCACAUUGAAAUCCUGAUUCUGGAUGAGGCAGACAGGAUGUUGGACGAGUACUUCGAGGAACAGAUGAAGGAGGUUAUCAGGCUCUGUUCCUACAACAGACAGACCAUGCUGUUCUCCGCCACCAUGACAGAGGAGGUAAAGGACCUGGCAGCGGUGUCGUUGAAGCAGCCAAUCAGAAUCUUUGUUAAUAGUAACACUGACGUGGCUCCGUUUCUGCGCCAAGAAUUCGUUAGAAUCCGACCAAACAGAGAAGGAGACCGAGAGGCCGUGGUGGCAGCUCUGUUGACUCGGACGUUCCAGGAUCAUGUGAUGUGUUUUACUCAGACGAGGAAACAGGCUCACAGACUGCACAUCUUGCUGGGCCUGAUGGGACUAAAGGUUGGAGAACUGCAUGGAGAACUGAGCCAGAACCAGAGACUGGAGAACCUCAGGCGUUUUAAAGAUGAACAAAUUGAUAUUUUGGUGGCAACAGAUGUAGCAGCCAGAGGUCUGGACAUUGAUGGAGUCAAAACGGUCAUAAACUUUACCAUGCCAUCCACAGUCAAACAUUACGUCCACCGUGUCGGUCGAACGGCACGAGCAGGUCGUUCUGGACGUUCAGUGUCACUGGUCGGAGAGUCAGAGAGGAAGACGCUGAAGGAGGUUGUGAAGUCGGCAAAGAGCAGUGUGAAGGCUCGAGUCCUGCCACCAGAGGUCAUCCUGAAGUUCAGAGACCUGAUCAACAAACUGGAGAAAGAUGUCGAUGCUGUGAUGAAGCUGGAGAAAGAGGAGAGAGAACUGGCUGCAUCUGAGGCCAAGUUGAGUGUGGCUCAGAAACGUCUUGAUGGCUCCGCCUCUUGUCAGUCACAGAGAGUUUGGUUUCAGACUCAGCAAGAGAGGAAACAGAGCCGCAUGUCGAAGGCUCUGCAGGAGUUCGACCUCGCUCUGAGAGGAAAAAAGAAGAGAGAAAAGUUCCUGAAGGACGGAAAGAAGAAGGAGCUGACAUCUGAGGAGCGUGCGCAGUUUGAGAUCCUGAAGGCUCAGAUGUUCGCUGAGCGAGCAGCCAAGAGAGAGAGACGACCGAAGAGAGCGCGAGCGAUAGUCGAAGAGACGCCGAUGCCAGCAGCCAAUCAGAAAGCAGGAAAAAAAAGGAAGAAGUCUGCAUUUGAUGAAGAGUUGACCAACACGAACAGGAAGUCCCUGAAACACUACAGAGCGGGGCCGUCCUUUGCAGACAGGAAGCGUCUCGGUUUGGAUAGGAAGCGCCCGGGAGGCUCCAGGUUCAAGAAGUGAGAUCCAAAAUGGCAGCUGAUGGACACUGACGUCCAUGAUUUCUCCACAUUUUCUUCUUUGUUUGUUAAACAAGUUUUAAAUAAAGUUUCAGUGUGUUAAAAAACUG